AUGCGAUGGACAAAGCGGAUUCGGCGUUGUAACACCACUAGCACAGAAGCAAAGCAAACACAAUUUCCACUGAUAUCAUUUGCCACAUUUCCCGGAUUUGAUCGACGUUUCGCUGGCACUGUACCAACUGUCCGUUCAUUUCAGAGACUAUCUGGUGCAUGUUACGUGUUUUUGCGCACCACGGACAAGGCCAUCACCGCUGCCAACAUCAGUAGCGAGGUGGUGUUCCAGCAGCUGGAUGCUAUUGAAGAUAACUUCCUCCACUCACUACAGACCUACUUUGAGCGAUUGGCUAUCCCUGUCCUCGAACACAUAAGCGACUGGGGGAACCUGGGCAAAGAUACACAAAGUUCGCCUGAGGUCGAGGAAUUUCUAAUGUGUAUCAGGCGUUAUCGGGAAACUCUCAUCGGUGCCAAGGAAAAUGCGGAAGAUAAAAUGGUUCUGGCGACAAAUGAAGAGAUCGCACUAAUUGACAAACUGAAAAGUCCGAGUGAACUGCAAACCUCCCAUAAAGAAAACUUCUUACAAGGUUCUUCAACAGCCCAAGACCGGUUUCGUCCUUCUCAAGGCUACUCAGAUAGGCACAGCCCCCGAGUUUCCACCAAUCUUAUGUUCUUCUUGAAACCAAGUUGGAUAGAUUGCAAAUACACAUAUUGCCGUAUAAAUUCGGUUUCGACGGGAAACUUAAGUGAAAUUCUCGUUUAUGAUAUUCUUCAACUGAAUUCGCUGCACAAGGGCAGCCUCGUAUUCCAGCCGGUACGAUAUUUUAUAUAUCACAUGAACAGUUCCGAGUCUUUGGAACGUUUGGUUUUGUUGGUCAGAAAGUGGGGAAAUGAGAUCGAGCAACUUUUGAACCAGUGUGAUCAGGUUCGCCGUGAAACGGACGAUAUGGGGCCAUCCCUGGAGUUAGCCUACUGGCGCACUCGUUUCGUACGCUUUACA